CAGAAGAAGAAGAAGUACGACACGUCUUCGGUUUCGAGGUGUCUCGAGAAAAUUUGUUGAUUUCCAUCAAAAAGUGUGAUAUUUCAGUGAAAAUCUACUUGGAUUCUGUGCAAAAAUGCCUCUCCGGCUGGACAUCAAGAGACGGCUCACGAGCCGCUCCGACCGGGUGAAGUGUGUGGAUCUGCACCCGUCGGAGCCGUGGAUGCUGUGCGCUCUCUACAGCGGUCACGUGCACGUGAUGAACUACGAGAACCAGCAGAUGGUGAAGGACUUCGAGGUGUGCGAUCUGCCCGUGAGAUCCGCGCGCUUCGUGGCGCGCAAGAAUUGGGUCAUCACCGGAUCCGACGACAUGCAGAUCCGCGUAUUCAACUACAACACGCUGGAGAAGGUGCACUCGUUCGAGGCGCAUUCGGACUACGUGCGCUGCAUCGCGGUGCAUCCCACGCAGCCGCUGAUCUUGACCAGCAGCGACGACAUGCUGAUCAAGUUGUGGAACUGGGAGAAGAUGUGGGCGUGUCAGCGCGUCUUCGAGGGCCACACGCACUACGUCAUGCAGAUUGUGUUCAAUCCGAAGGAUAACAACACGUUCGCCAGUGCGUCGCUGGACAGGACUGUGAAGGUGUGGCAACUGGGCAGCAACGUGGCCAACUUCACGCUCGAGGGCCACGAGAAGGGCGUGAACUGCGUGGAUUACUACCACGGCGGCGACAAGCCGUACCUCAUCAGCGGCGCCGACGAUCGCUACGUGAAGAUCUGGGACUACCAGAACAAGACGUGCGUGCAGACGCUGGAGGGCCACGCGCAGAACAUCUCGGCAGUGUGCUUCCACCCAGAGCUGCCCAUCGUGCUCACAGGCUCCGAGGACGGCACGGUGCGCAUCUGGCACUCGGGCACGUAUCGCCUGGAGACCAGCCUCAACUACGGCUUCGAGCGCGUGUGGACAGUGGCGUGCAUGCGCGGCACCAACAACGUGGCGCUGGGCUACGACGAGGGCUCCAUUAUCAUCAAGGUGGGCCGCGAGGAGCCCGCAAUGUCCAUGGACGUGAACGGCGGCAAGAUCAUCUGGGCGAAGCACUCGGAAAUGCAACAAGUCAACCUCAAGGCGCUGCCGGAAGGCACUGAAAUCAAGGACGGCGAGCGGCUGCCCGUGGCCGUGAAGGACAUGGGCGCCUGCGAGAUCUAUCCGCAGACCAUCGCGCACAAUCCCAACGGGCGCUUCGUGGUGGUUUGCGGCGAUGGCGAGUACAUAAUCUACACUUCCAUGGCGCUGCGAAACAAGGCCUUCGGCUCGGCUCAGGAGUUUGUGUGGGCGUCGGAGAGCAGUGAGUACGCGAUCAGGGAGAGCAGCGGCACGGUGAAGCUGUUCAGGAACUUCAAGGAGCGGAAGAGCUUCACGCCGGACUACGGCGCGGAGAGUGUUUUCGGCGGCUACAUGCUGGGCGUGCGCACGUCCUCGGGGCUGACGUUCUACGAUUGGGAGUCGAUGGAACUGAUCCGGCGCAUCGAGGUGCAGCCGAAGCACGUGUUCUGGAACGAAUCAGGCUCGCUGGUGUGCCUGGCCACGGACGAUUCAUACUUUAUUCUGAGCGUGGACACGAGCACAAUCGCGGGCGCGCUGGAGUCGAAGCAGGGACUGACGGAGGACGGCAUUGAGGACGCCUUCGAGGUGCUGGGCGAGGUGCAAGAGGUGGUGAAGACGGGCCUGUGGGUCGGUGACUGCUUCAUCUACACGAACUCCGUCAACAGGAUCAAUUACUACGUGGGCGGCGAGAUUGUGACGAUUUCCCACCUGGACAGGACGAUGUAUCUGCUGGGUUACGUGCCGAAGGACAACAGGCUGUACCUGGGCGACAAGGAACUGAAUGUGACCAGCUUCUCACUGCUGCUGGCCGUGCUGGAGUAUCAGACGGCUGUGAUGCGGCGUGACUUUGAAACGGCGGAUCGCGUGCUGCCCACAAUUCCGCGUGAGCAUCGCACGCGCGUGGCGCACUUCCUGGAGAAGCAAGGCUUUCGCGAGCAGGCGCUCCAGGUGUCCACAGAUCCGGAGCAUCGCUUCGAUCUGGCGCUGCAAAUUGGGGCACUGCAGAUCGCGCUGGAGUUGGCGCGCGACUCGGACAGUCCGCAAAAGUGGGGCCAGCUGGCCGAGGCGGCGACGGCGAAGAAUGACUUUGAGCUGAUGCGAGAGUGUCUGGAGCGGGCGAAUGACUUCGGUGGGCUGCUCUUGCUGGCCACGUCCAGUGGCGAUGAUGCAAUGUUGCGCACCCUGGGCGAGAGUGGCACGCGCCAGGGGAAGCACAAUAUCUCCUUCCUCUCCAUGUUUCUGCUCGGCGACACUGAGGCGUGUCUGGACAUUCUCAUCAGCACGAAUCGCCUGCCUGAGGCGGCCUUCUUCGCGCGCACAUAUUUGCCGGAUAAGAUCUCGCACGUCGUACAGUUGUGGCGAGAGGAGCUGGGCAAGACAAACGAGAAGGCUGGCCAGAGUCUCGCCGAUCCGGCGCAGUAUGAAAAUCUCUUUCCCGGCAUGCACGACGCCGUGCGGACGCAGCAAUUCCUCCAGCAAUCGGAGAGCGGCGUCAUUCCUGCCGGCCGCGCGGCCAGUCUGCCGCUGAACAUCGACCGGAAUGCUGUGGCGGAGAUGAAGGCGGCCGAGGACAAGGGAGCUUUCGACUUCGAGCCCAGAAUGCCAGCUGAAGUGCCGCAAAAUGCUGCCACCGAGGGGAAUCUGCUGGAUUUCAGUGAUCAGCCGGCGGUGAGGGCGGUUCCGCCGGCGCCCAAGCGAAAAACCUCCCUGGAUGAGUUUGAGCUGGAAAUAGAGGGAAUUACGCUGGACGACAACAUUGACACAUCCGACGUGAACAUUGAUGAUGAUCUGAGCGAGUGAAGGAAGAUGAGGUUUUGCGGCCACAAAAGUCUUUAAGGCUCAUCCUGGUAUUUUAUGUAUUCCAUCUUAUCUACGAGACGUCAAGUUAUCUUUAUAUAGAGCAUGAAUUUGAAUAAAGAAGGAUCCAUUGAUCACGCAGUUGAAGCUUUAAGCAUCGCAAAA